AUGGCCAGCGUUGCUGGCGCAAAUGUCGACCAGUACAACGGCCGCCUGACCGGCUAUGUUAUCUCGGUGGCCAUUAUGGCCGCCUGUGGUGGUCUCCUCUUCGGAUACGAUAUCGGUGUCACCGGAGGCGUUACGGCGAUGGCUUCCUUCCAGGAGAAGUUCUUCCCCGAGGUGUAUGCUCGCACCGUCGAGGGCAUCACCGAUACCAGCCCCUACUGCAAGUACGACAACCAGGUCCUGCAGACCUUCACCUCCACCAUGUUCCUGGCGGGCAUGUUCUCCUCCCUGGUGGCCGCCACCGUGUGCCGCAAGUACGGCCGCAAGCCCACCAUGUUCUUCUCCGCCUGCCUCUUCAUCGUGGGCGCCGGCCUGCAGGCGGGCGCCGUCAACCUGGGCAUGCUCUUCGCCGGCCGCUGCAUCCUCGGCUUUGGCGUGGGCUUUGCCAACACCGCCGUGCCCAUGUACCUGUCCGAGGUUGCCCCCGCCAAGUACCGUGGUGGCCUGAACAUCCUGUUCCAGUUUGCCGUCACCUUUGGCAUCCUGAUCGCCGGCCUGGUCAACUACGGUACCCAGAACUUUGCCUCUGGCUGGCGCGUGUCUCUGGCGCUGGCGGCCGCCUUUGCCCUCGUCCUGGGCGUCGGCUCCAUCGUGCUGCCCGAGUCCCCCAACUCCCUGGUCGAGCGCGGACAGGUGGAGAAGGGCCGCGCCGUCCUGCAGCGUCUGCGUGGCGUGGAGGACGUGGAGGCCGAGCUCGAAGACAUGAUCGAGGCCACCGAGGAGGCUAGCCGCGUCAGCCUGCGCCAGUCCUACUCCUUCAUGUUCCACCGCGCCAACUCCCCCCAGCUCAUCAUCGACAUCAUCAUCCAGUUCUUCCAGCAGUUCACUGGCAUCAACGCCAUCAUGUUCUACGUUCCCGUGCUGUUCAACUCCCUGGGGUCCAGCCGCAAGACGUCUCUGCUGAACACCAUCAUCAUCAACUGCAUCAACUCCGCUUCCACCAUGGUCGCCGUCCUCCUGGUCGACAAGUUUGGGCGCCGCUUCUUCCUGCUGGAGGCUGGCGUGCAGAUGUUCAUCACCCAGACCAUCGUGGGCGUUGUCCUGGCCACCCAGUUCGGCAAGUACGACGAUGGCAAGCUUCCCACUGGCACCACCGUGGGCGUGCUUGUUGUCAUCUGCGUCUACAUCGCCUCCUCUGCCUGGUCCUGGGGCCCUAUGGGCUGGCUGGUGCCCUCCGAGAUCCACACCCUGGAGACCCGUCCCGCGGGCAUGUCCAUCGCGGUGGCCGCCAACUUCCUCUUCUCCUUCGUCAUCGGCCAGUCUUUCCUGUCCAUGCUCUGCGCCAUGAAGUGGGGCGUCUUCCUCUUCUUUGCCGGAUGGGUGGUGGUGAUGACCCUCUUCGCCUACUUCCUCAUCCCCGAGACCAAGGGUGUCCCCGUGGAGCGCGUGCCCAUCAUGUUUGCCCGCCAUGCCCUCUGGUCCCGCGUCAUGGGCCCCGUGUCCCUGGAGAUCAUUGAGCGCGAUGCCACGCGCACCAUCUCCCGCCAGGCCGCCGCCGACCAGCGCGCCGCCGCCAACGGCGACCUCAAGAAGGCCGCCCUCUGA